AUGAAGAACGUCUACAGCGUCCUCGUUGUACUUUGCAUCAACCUCGCGUUUUCUCAGAGGACACCCACUAUAUCUCAUAUAACACAAAAACCUAUAAAAGAUAUUGGUGGCACAGCGGAGAUGACAUGUUCAGUUUUAUAUGCCAUGGAUUUCCCUGUUUUAUGGGUUAAGGUGGAUAAAGAAAAAAUAACUGAACCUGUUAUGCUUUCAUCUGGAAGUACACUUAUUAUAAAAGAUUCAAGAUUUUCAUUAAGACAAGACAUUGACAGCACUAGUUACACACUGCAGAUUAAGGAUAUUCAAGAAACUGAUGCUGGUUAUUAUCGCUGUCAAGUAUUGCUUGGGUUGAACAACAAAAUAUCUGCUGAUGUAGAGUUAGAAGUGCGCAGACCUCCUAUUAUUUCUGACAACUCAACUAGAUCAUUGGUUGUAAAUGAGGGUCAACCAGUAAAACUUGAAUGUUAUGCUGGUGGAUUUCCUAGUCCGAGAGUUUCCUGGAGACGUGAAAACAAUGCUAUUUUACCCACAGGCGGAUCAAUUUAUAGAGGUAAUAUUUUGAAAAUUCCGACAAUAACUAAAGAAGAUCGUGGAACCUAUUACUGUGUAGCUGAAAAUGGUGUUGGAAAAGGAGCCAGACGUAAUAUUGCCAUAGAGGUAGAAUUUGCUCCAGUUAUAACUGUUCCUAAACCUCGUUUGGGACAAGCUCUACAGUAUGACAUGGAUCUCGAAUGUCAUGUUGAGGCUUAUCCUCCACCAGCCAUUAUUUGGAUAAAUAAUGGAAUACAGCUAUCCAACAAUCAACAUUAUAGAAUCUCGCAUUUUGCUACUGCAGAUGAAUUUACAGACACUACAAUACGUAUUAUUACAAUUGAGAAACGUCAAUAUGGUGAUUACAUUUGCAAAGCAUCAAAUGUAUUAGGAACUGCUGAAGUUACAGUUAAUCUUUAUGAAACAAUAAUACCAGUAUGCCCACCAGCUUGUGGCCAACCAUCAUCACACUUAAGAAGCUCCAGCAUCAAAACUGCCAGUGUAAAUGUUUCAAUCUUGAUUGCUACAUACCUAUACUUUGUUCACCUUUAUUUUUAA